UCGCCGACUAUAAACCCAGACGCACACUAGCAGCGGCCGACCCACCCCUGCUUUCCCUUCAACCAGCAAUGUCCUCCCCCGCCCCCCUCAACGGCCGGCCAAACCCCUCCGACAACUUCGCCAACUUCUUUGAAUCCUGGCUGGCCGACCAGAACCGCGACCUUCAAUCCCUCCUCUCCGCCGUUUCCUCCCCUCCGCCCCGCAAUCGCGACGAAGCCGCCGCCCACGACGAACACCUCCGUCCUCUUCUCUCCACCGUGCUCAACCGCUAUGAAGACUACUACCACGCCAAACAAGCCUUCGCUCGCCGCGACGUUCUCCCCAUGUUCACUCCAACGUGGACCAGCUCCACCGAAAAUCUCUUGCUAUGGGCCGGCGGCUGGCGCCCCACUAUGAUUUUCCAACUACUUUACUCCAAGUGCGGAAUCCAAGUUGAGUCCCACCUGGAUGAUCUCAUCGGCGGCGCUAUAACCUGGAACCUCGCUGAUGUCGACGCGGAGCAGCUUCACCGCAUUGAUAAACUCCAUCAGGUGACAUUAAAGCGCGAGAAGGAGAUAUCGGAGGAGGAGGCUGCGGCCCAGGAGAAGGCGGCGGAUGAGCAAAUGGUAAAGCUUUCUCAUGUGAUUACAGAGAUGGGUGGUGGGGAGGAGAUGAUGGAGGAGGAGAUGAAGGCGAAGAGGGAGGCCAUGGUGGACGUGCUAAAAAAGGCGGACUUUUUGAGGAUUGAAACACUGAAGGGAUUGGUGGAGAUUCUGCGGCCGAUUCAAGCGGUGCAUUUUCUUAUUGCUGCGGCUGAGUUGCAUCUCCGAGUUCAUGAGUUUGGGACAAGAAAGGAUAAGGAUAAGGAUAAGGGUGCAGACGCGGAGGAAGCAACGGUGACUGCGACGGGUGCUGCUUGAACGCCGGAGGCAAUGUGGUGGCGGGUUAAGCAGAGGAGAAGAUUAAUUAUUUUAAACUUUUGUCAUGGAACUCCCUUAAACCUGAGAUUAUAUAUUUUAAUUUUUAUAUAUAACAAGAAAAUU